UCCAGCUGUCUCACGUGUCUUGAAGGAGGUGGUAGAGGUUGAGUUCUGACUGGUCAAAUGAAACGUUUACCAUCGCAGUUUGACCCACCACGGCUGCUGUAGUUAGAAGAAGAUUAAUGGGUUUUGACGUGGAGUAUUUCCGCAAAAACUGGAUUGAGAAGCGACAUGUAAUUUAGCUGGUUGCCGUUUUAGCUAGCUAGAUUGAAACGGAUUUUAGGGUCCCAGGUAUACCAUUUUUGUUCGCCCCUCAUAAAACAACAUCAUGAUUAAAGCCAUACUAAUAUUCAACAACCAUGGAAAACCUCGGCUUUCUAAAUUCUACGAGCAUUACAGUGAAGACACAGAACAACAAAUCAUCAGAGAAACAUUUCAUCUGGUAUCUAAAAGGGAUGAGAACGUCUGCAAUUUCCUAGAAGGUGGAAUGUUGAUCGGUGGGUCAGAGAACAAGCUCAUCUACAGACACUAUGCUACGCUCUACUUCGUAUUCUGCGUCGAUUCCUCGGAGAGUGAGCUUGGCAUCCUUGACCUUAUCCAGGUGUUUGUGGAAACUCUGGACAAAUGCUUUGAGAAUGUUUGUGAACUUGACUUAAUUUUCCACGUGGACAAGGUACACAAUAUACUGGCAGAGAUGGUGAUGGGAGGAAUGGUGCUAGAGACCAACAUGAAUGAGAUCAUCACACAGGUGGACGCCCAAAACAAAAUGGAGAAAUCGGAGGCUGGUAUUGCAGGUGCACCUGCUCGUGCUGUAUCUGCCGUAAAGAACAUGAACCUUCCCGAAAUGCCCAGAAACAUCAACAUCGGAGACAUCAGCAUAAAAGUGCCAAACUUACCCUCCUUCAAAUAGCGGCAUGAUCCACUGUGCCGAAGUUGACCAAUGUUUACCAUGCAAUUUGUUUACCAAAAUCUAAACGAAUAUCAACAAAGAUCAUGAAGGUACUGUGUGAAUUCCUUUGGUGUUAAAUCAUUCUUUGUUUCCUUGUUUUAAAUGACUGUCAUUGAUGUGGCGAUGUUUGAGAAAAUUAAGUAUUUAUUUAUUACAUUCCUCUACCCUCACUGGAGGUGUUCCAUUAUGUAUUGGCUGCUACAGUAUUGGAAAAUCAUACCUUAGUAGUUUGUAAAACAAACUGAACAGAAUAUUCUUAUAUACAAUAUGAUGGAAUUGUAUUUCUUUGUCUCGUCUGUAUACAACAUUUUAAAUGAUCUUGUCUUAUCAAAUUAUUUUCUCUUGAUUUUAAUCAGUGCAUGUAAGUUUUUUUUCUCCUUUUUGCAACUCAAUAAAGUAUUGAAUAAUUUAAAUUCCUAUGUGUUUGCAGUGAACCUGGUUUCAUACUAUACAAUUGUGUAAUAGUGCCUGAUAGGUUUUCUGAAAGAAGAGCAAGUUGGACUGCUGUUGAUCCAAAUAGCUUGCAUUUUAUGGACAGUAAAUAUCCUAUGAUUCAAACUUUUUGCAAUGCAAUUAAUAAUUGAUUCACAAUGUACUGUGGUUUACACUUAUUAGGUGCAGUUUGGCCAUCACGUGUCCCAGUGACAGCACAGCUGAUAAUGGCACGUGACUGCUUUUCUCUGCUCUUGCGCAGCUUUUGCGCAACACAAUUAGUAAAAAUGUACUUUCUUUCAUAGCCGGUUCUAUGAAAACAAGUAAUAAAACUAUAGAUGACUGUCUUA